CUAUACCGCCAGCGUUCUCGCCGUUUUCGCAAACACGCUCCCCCCCCCUGGAACUUCUCGCAUUUCCUCGAAUCCGAUCCCACCUUCGAAUACCGCGCCGACAAAAUGGAGUUCUGUGGACGCCAGAAAGUUGUUCGGCGCAAGAUGGUGCUGCUAGGAGACGGUGCUUGUGGUAAAACCUCAGCCUUGAACGUGUUCACCAGAGGUGAACCGACUGUUUUUGAGAAUUAUGUCCAUGACAUCUUCGUCGACAACGUGCACAUGGAAUUAUCGCUAUGGGAUACAGCUGGACAAGAAGAAUUCGAUCGGUUACGCGCGCUAUCCUAUGAGGAUACGCAUGUCAUAAUGCUGUGUUUCAGUGUCGACAGCCCCGAUUCGUUCGAGAAUGUGGCGAGCAAAUGGAUCGAGGAGAUCUCGGAGAACGUCCCCGGAGUGAAACUGGUUCUCACAGCCCUCAAGUGUGACUUGCGAAAAGACGAAUUCCUCAAUGAUAACCCCAAUGUUAUCUCGUACGAGCAAGGACUGGCAAAGGCAAAGGAGAUCGGAGCCGUGAAGUACCUUGAGUGCUCUGCUGUUCAAAAUCGUGGCAUCAGAGAGGCCUUUUACGAAGCCGCCAAAGUCGCCCUUGAGGUGAAGGCACAGAAUGCCAGCGUAUCGCAGAGCCGCUGUAUCAUUCAGUGAUCGCGUCUCUAUCACAUGUUGCCUUGAACCAUUUUAUAUACCCGUUGGCCUCAACAUAUUAUCCCGACAAUGCUUAUUUUCAUUACUCGUGCCCCAGAGACGCUACUACUUCACGACUCAGCAAUCAGCAUUUCAGCCUUUGCAAUUUUAUUUUAUUUUUCUUUCACUUGCUUCUAUCCCCUUCGUUGUAUAUAAGUUCGACAUCCUAGAUACACCACCAUUCUAAUGUCUUAAUUUCCCAUCUCGAGAACAAUUAUCGAGAUAGGUUUCACCUUCAGCGUGCUGAUCCAAUCACCACGCUUUAUACGGCCUCAAUUUGCUACUGCCUGUUUUAUCUAUUGCUUC